AUGGGUGACGUUCCAGUUGAAGAGGCACCUUUCCCGCUCACAGACGUUGAUAAGUGGGUCCUCUCACAGACAGAUGAGGAGUUCAAGAAGCAUGGCUGGGAGGAGCUCAAGGAGAUCAUUGCGACAAAUAAGCUCGAGGUUUUGAAGCGAAAGCCGUCAGACCUUCGUCGAUACAUGAAAUGGACGGCCGAGACUAAGGCCGAGUACGGCUCCAUGACCAAGUUCCUUCUCACCAACCGCCUACCCAAACCCUGGGGCGAACCACCUUUUACUCCCAAGUCCAUCGUGCCUUUUGAGGAUCCUUCCGAUUACCGGGUUCUAGUCAACGAUUGGCCGUAUGGACUUGACCCAGGCAUCACCCAUAUCGUGGUUUGGUCGCGCACCAUCAUCCCUACGGACCCUGAGACCGGGGACAUGACAGUAGAGAGCAGGCGCACUGUUCAGGAUUUCAUUGACAGGUACUUUGUCAAAACUCUUGGUGAUGUCGGAGAAGACAGGGUUAUCUGGUUUAAGAAUUGGGUCGCCCUUCAGAGCGUCCGGGCCUUGGAGCACAUCCACGUGCUGGUGCGGGACGUCGACCCGGAAGUCAUCAAGAAGUGGUCCGAGGAGCAAUCCUGGCACAGAUAG